UGGAAGGCUUUGUACAACAGAGAGCCAAAUCUAGCACAGCUGACUCGUUCGAGACAGGCAGAAAGAGCUUACAGCUGCAACAAAACAAAAAGAUAAAACUGAGAAGAUGAAGAUGAAGCUGACGUUGGCAGCCUUGGUGCUUUGCAUGGCCGUCCUGAUGGAGGCAGCCGCCGGCUUCCCCGGUUUUGAAAGGAAAGCCAAGGAGAACAAGGUGCAAUACGCCUCCUGGGACGAGGUCAACGUGAUCGCCCACGGGCUGCUGCAGCUGGGCCACGGACUCAAGGAGCACGUGGACAAGACCAAGGGCCAGAUUAAGGACAUCACGGCCAAGCUGAGCUCCUUCAAUGGCACGGUGGCUGAGCUGAGCAGACAGACGCAGAGACUGCAAGAGGAAGGCGAGGUCCUGAAGGCGAGAGCUCGGAGGCUGGAGGAGAGGGAGAGUCUGGUUGUCAGCGUCUCGGCUGAGCUGAAGCAGAGAGCCGAGCAGAUGGAGGAGGAGGAGGGGAGGGUGCGCCAGCUCGAGGAGAAGGUAGACGGGCUCCUGCGGACACAAGGUUCAGGGCUCAGCAAUGCCAGUGUGAGCAGCAGCAGCAGCAGCAGCAGCAGCAGCAGCGACAUCCAUACCGUGCAGAAACUCCUGGAAGCACAGAACAGGCGCAUUGACGAGCUGGUGGAGAGAAUCAAACAACAGCAAGACAAGCUGGACAAGCAGAAUGGACGCAUCAGGAACCUCCAGAGUCAGCUGGAGCAGCAGAAAGCUGCAAGCCCAAAGCUGAGGACCAUUCUGAGACACAAAGAAGAAGAGACUCAGAACACCAGCACGGAGCAAGCUGAUUCCAGUGAGCUCCCCGCUGACUGCCACAUGCUGUUUCUGAGAGGCCAGAGGCUCAGCGGCGUCUACAAAAUCCAGCCCCAGGCUUCACAGCCAUUCCAGGCCUACUGCGAAAUGACAGCAGAAGGCGGGUGGACAGUGAUUCAGAGGCGUCAGGACGGGGCUGUAGAUUUUGACCAGCUCUGGCAGGCGUACAAGAACGGGUUCGGCACUCUGAAUGGAGAGUUCUGGCUGGGUUUGGAGCAGAUCCACGCCCUGUCAAGACAAGGGGGCUACGUUCUGCAUGUGCAGCUGACUGACUGGAACAACCAAGUCCAGUCCGUCGAGUAUUCCUUCAGACUGGGAGGAGAGGAGAGCAGCUACACCCUUCACCUCCAGGAGGGGGCGCCAGGGAACCUGGAGAACGCUCUGAGCACAGACUCCAGCGGGCUUCCUUUCUCCACCCGCGACCGAGACAGCGACCUCAAAUCAGACAUCAACUGCGCAAAGCAUCUCACAGGUGGUUGGUGGUUCAGUAACUGCGGACGUGCCAACCUUAACGGUAAAUAUUUCAGCAGCGUUCCGCGCCAGAGACACGCGAGGAAGCAGGGCAUGUUCUGGAAGACCUGGAGAGGGCGCUACUACCCGCUGAAAUCUACCGUCAUGAAGAUCGCUCCCGCCGAGAAAGAGUACAACUCCUCGUAGAGCGAGGAGACAGCGCCCUCUGCUGGGCGCUUAUGGAACUGCACCGCUGAGUACACACGUCAGCUCCCAGCGCUAAAGACAGUUUACAGACUUGAAAACACCAGCUAGGCGCACUGCCUCAGAACCAAAGACUGAAGACAUUUUCAGUGCCAGAGAGGAAGGAGACCGAGGGAGGGGAGGGGAUCAGUGCUGUUUCAUGGCUAGCUUGGAAACAGAGACCAAAUAAAACUGGGCCUUCUCUUAACGUGACAUCCCGAUUUUGAAUGGAAAGAGACAGGGACGAGCUGGGGUUGUUGUUUUUUUUUGUUUGUUUGUUUGUUUAACUUUACAUUUCCAAAGCUUUUUAAAACUUUUGUUUUUUGAAAGAGAAUGCAACGGAACAAUGCAGUAUUGUAUUA